ACACACCUUCAGAGCAAAUUUCAGUCUCUAUCUCGGCUGCUCUCACUUUCACACGUUUGCCUGUGCUGAGACAGUGUUGACUUUCCUGACAGGGACUGAGUGCCUGAGAGUGGAACUGAACUCAAAACUUCUAUUCUUAAAAGCCGGUGUGAGGAGCUUGUGAAUGGACUGACUGCCUGGCUGACUGAUUGACAGACUGGCAAAGAGGAGAGGCAGCUGUGUUUCAAUUAAAGAGGGCAAUGCUGAGAGGUCAAGCGAGGAGCCACAGAGCCUCUUAGUAGUCUGGAAAUACAAAGACACGUGAAGGGAAUCGAGGGACCGAAGGCACGAUAACCAACAGAGAGAGAGAGAGAGAGAGAGAGGACAAUGGUCCAUCACAGAGAAGAGGACCUGAUUGGGAUCCCCUUCCCAAAUCACAGCAGCGAUGUCCUCUGCAGCCUCAAUGAGCAGCGUCGUGACGGGCUGCUCUGCGAUGUCAUCCUCAUCGUCCGCGACCAGGAGUAUCGCACCCACCGCUCUGUUCUGGCCGCCUGCAGCCAGUACUUCAAGAAGCUCUUCACAGUGGCCACCACUGACGGGGGAGAUCACCAUCACACAGCGGCUGUGUACGAAAUCGACUUUGUGGCUCCAGAGUCUCUCACAGCCAUCCUAGAGUUUGCCUACACUUCUACUCUGACCGUGACGGCAUCCAACGUUAAAGAGAUCCUGAACGCAGCUCAGAUGCUGGAGAUCCCCUGCAUCAUCAACGUUUGCCUGGAGAUCAUGGACAGCGGGGGUGGAGGCGGAGGAAGGAGAGAGGAGGAGGGAGAGGAGGAUGAAGAGGAGGAGGAGGAUGCGGAGGAAGAUGAGGAGGAGGAAGAAGAGGAAGAGGAUGAGGAGGAGGACGUGGGGUCGAGGAAGGAUGAGCAGGAAGAAGAGGAGGACAAUGUCAGCGAGAGGUCACUGCAGUCGUCGGAGAGCAGAGGGGAGCAGACGCCUCCGGGGACGGAGGAUUUGCCACCUCCGAGCACAUCAGCAUACCACCAGCAGUUUGACGUGCACAGAGAGUCGUCCCAGUCACAGUCUCCGGACAACAUGAGAGGAAAACAGGAAAGUAUGGAGAGUCGAGCUCUGAAGGAUUUCUCCAUCGAGUCUCUCCUCCAGGAAGGGCUGUAUCCACGCAUGUCAACACUAGACCGGAGGGCCAACUUCUCUCCUCUCCUCCCAGGCUUCUACCCCUCCAUGUGGGCUGCUGAGUUCCCGGCCUUCCCUCAGCAGCUGCUUGACCCCAGCCACCAUCCGCAUCCCCACGCAGGAGCUUCACCCCAAACAAGGCUCCCCCAUGCCUUCCCCUCUGCCCCACUUGAGGCCUCCAGGCCCCUCGAUCUAGCUGUGAAAAGAGAGAUCAUAAAGGAGGAGAUGAAGGAGGAAGUCCCACCCAGUCUGCUUCACGGCGACUUCCUGAAGGAGUUUGUCAGCUCGGGCCUAGGCAGCACCCUGAACCCUGGGUCAGUGCCAUCAGAAGGUCACGCUCUGGGUCAGAUUAAAGACGAAGCCGACUUCCGGUCGUAUCUGAGCUUCCUGAGCUCUGCAUCCCACCUGGGGGCGCUGUUCCCUCCCUGGCAGCUGGAGGAGGAGAGGAAGAUGAAGCCCAAAGCCUCACAGCAGUGUCCCAUCUGCAACAAGGUCAUCCAAGGAGCUGGGAAACUGCCACGACACAUGAGGACGCAUACAGGAGAGAAACCGUAUAUGUGCACUAUCUGUGAAGUACGAUUCACCAGACAAGACAAACUUAAGAUCCACAUGAGGAAGCACACAGGUGAGCGCCCCUACAUCUGCCUCCACUGCAACUCUAAGUUUGUCCACAACUACGACCUGAAGAACCAUCUGCGAAUCCACACGGGCGUCCGUCCAUACCAGUGUGAGCACUGCUACAAGAGUUUCACACGGUCUGACCACCUACAUCGACACAUCAAGAGGCAGAGCUGCCGAAUCUCCCGCCCUCGGCGAGGACGAAAGCCAGCCGCCUGGCGGUCCACACCCACCAGCAACUUCCUGUGCCCCCCCAGUGCUGCCACUAACCGGUUUGAGGAGAACAGGUUAAGCCCUGCAUACCAGGGAGUCAAGAGUCACGGACUCGGGGAGAUGCUCGGCCUCGGCAGCAGGGGUCUGAGUUUUAAGAGUGUGGAUGGUGCGGGAAGGGAGAGCAGGGAGGAACGGCGAGCAGAGGGGAAGCACGUCGCAGAGGAGGAGAAGGCAGGAGCAGGGAGGCAGAGGGGAGUGUUUGCCUUCGCUCUGGCUGGAGAAGAAAUGCUUACCCACUCUCCAUUUUAUGCUGCGACCUCUGACCCCUGGACCAUGAGACUGGAGCGUGCUCCACCCAUCUCUGAGCCGGCCAAAUGAACUCUGGUCUGUAGAAGAAGACAAAAUAAAGAAUGAAAAUCUCUUUAAUCUCUGUGUCUGUUCUGUUCCAGGAAGCUAAAGCACCUUUUUAAAAAGUGAAAGAGUGAGAUCAGUGAACCUUUUGAAGCCUGCUGAUGUGGCAGUGGUAAAAUAGACUUUUUUUUUUUUUUUUGGAAAACAGUCUAAUUAAAUAAUUUCACAGAUGUCAUGCUAAAUAAUUGUUUCAGCCCUGUGAAUGUUUACAGAUACUUUGAUAGCAUUUAAAAAUAAGCAAAAAGUUUGACACUGCUAAUGAGGAAAACAUAUCAGGAUACCUGUUAUAUGUGUUAUUUGCAUUAUUUAUCUACAAGGUUGUCUAAAAUGGUAUUCAUUUAAUAACCACCAUAUUUCUACCAUGUUCUCUGAAGCAAGACUAGAUGAGGUUCUUAUGUUGAAAAGUAUUUAUAUGCAAGAAAAUGUCAUUCUACACCCACAGCAGGACCUAUGUAAUUUGAAUUAGUGACUGAGAUGAAUGCCAAACAAAAGAUUACAUGUUUAAACAUAAUCAAAAAUGCAUUGUAGAAAAAAGGUGAUUAUGACUGAAACAUUUCCCUCCCGUGGUGAAGUAAGAACGUGAAGAAGACAUAAAUCAAUAAAAUAAAAAUUUAGUAGGUAAAUAAGCCUUCGUCCAAACAAUUCACAGUGAGUUUUACUUUGGGUAGCUGUGUUUAGGCAUAAAAAAGGGAUCAGUGUUUUCAAAAAAAGCAUAAAUGCUUUGAUUACAGUAGGGUGUAGUCUGGCACAUGCCCUGCAAGUACAUUUGAUUACAACAUGGUUAUUUAAUAAUAUUCCAAAACACUCAAGGUCUAAUAAAUCAGGAUGUUUGAAAACAUGUUAUUAUCCUUCCACUGCCUUGUUCUCAUGUAAGCUCCUCGUCUGCACUAUUGUACAUAGACACAAACUUUUGGCCAUGGUGGUGUUAAUUACGGUUGCGUUGCUGAUGAUGUAAAAAGAAAAAAAUAUAUAUAUUGUUCUUAAAAUACUUUGAGGCAUCCAUCCAAAGACGUGUACUUUGAUAUUUCACAGACUUGAAUAAGACUUUGUUUUAAUGUUUAUGAAUAUGUGUCUUCAGAGGAUGUAUAUUUCUGACAAAUCAAACUGCCGCUUUAGCUAUACAGUAUGCUUGUGUUUUUUUUCCUGCUGCAACAAAUCAAGAGGGUUUCAGGCCCAUUUUUCAUAUAAUGUUCAUCUCUGAUUUGUGUAUAAAUAAGUUCAAAAAUUAUUUGAAUUGAAAUGGGAAAGUAUUUUCUUGCUAUUUAUGCGUAUUUAAAUGAAUGAGCCUUGGCUAUAUUUUGCAAAUCUGUUUUAUAAAGACACUAAAUG